AUGGCCUUUGCCAGGCCUACCCAGCCAUGUUCGUCGCCGCUUGAAGACGACAAACUCACGCCUCCCAGUCCUCCCACAGGCUCAAGAGCCGCAAAGCCUCUUCACUAUCUCACACACUUGGCAGUCCUAUUUAUCAUGCUUCUCUUGCCUCUUAUCCCGUUGCUACCCCAAGGCAAUCUGGCAUGGGUUUCACAGUCCGCACAUAAUCGAACCGCACCUUUCACCUUCUGGGAGCCUAUCCGUUCGAUCUAUGAUAAACACGAAAAUACGCUACUCCCUUUAGUGACUCCCUUUGAAGUGAGCGGGCCUGUACCUGCACAACCCCGACUCAUUCUCUAUGGUCUCUCGGAGGAGCUCAACACCAUCAGGGGAGGUUUCGCAUCCUGGUCAGGAGGUCUUCGUUCAUUGCCACCUCUACCAACCAACCUCGUUGUCCGGGUGAAGGACUGCGAGGCUAGAGUCAAGGCUCUUGUUAAGGACCAAGACUCCUUUGAGGAUAUGGCCCCUUUUCUUAUUGCUGGAGGGGCCGCUACUUCUCUCCUCAACGCAUUGGCUGAGACCGAUAAUGGCCGACUUAAACAAAGAGCCAAUCAAACCCUGACGCCCAAGCUCAUCAAGAGAGUCUUCACUGUCAUCGAGGAGCACAACCUUGAGACCCUUGUAAUCCUUCAGCGGAUUGGUCGCGAGCUGCGACGACUACUACCUGAAGUUCGAGGCUUACUCAUCGAGGUAUCUCAAUCCGUUAGUCCCUUUGCCAAUGGUAUGCCCAACAGAAUGUGGGUUGAAGGGACACUCGACGCAAUAAGCUACGCUGAGAAGGAACUACUCCCCUUGAUCUCGGACGUUUACCUCCCACUGGUUGAAAAAGCUACUUACGCCUUUUCUGACGUCGACGCGAGGCUGGCUGACCUCAUCGAAAAGUACAAAACUCUGGGGCUGACGAAAGGAAUCGAGGAAAUCGACGUGUGCUACUUCCAAAGCGACCGUCCCACGUGGUGGUCUGGCUGGUUCCUGAAGCAAGAGAAGAUCACGACGACAUAUUUCUUGGAUCCGCGUACUCUUGACGAACUGUGCGAUGUGGCAGUCAGGGAUGCGGCAAUAAGAACGUUGCUUUUGGAGGAGUAUCUGAAGGAACAUCGUUCCCAACCCCGAUACAACGACAUCCGCCCCCCGAGGCCGCCAACCAUGUAG